ACCUGUAUACAUUUGUAUACUUACGUGACUUUACUUACCUGAUUUUGUAGUGUAUUGUAACACCGUGUAUUGCAAUAAACUUUUUUUCCAUAAGCAAUAAUAAUAGUCAUUUCUUUACAGCACAAAAGAGAAGACCUGCUGAAGGCAUGCAACAGCCUUGGAGUGUCAACAACUGGCUCACAAACAGACCUUAUAAACAGGCUGGAGGAACUUCUCCUUUAUAAGGAGAUUUACCCCAAAAUGUUUGUGAAGCUGAAGAAAGCUGGAGGUGGAGUGUUACAUAUGGGCUGCACACAUGGUGUUGUAUAUUAUGCAUCCCCAUUAUGGUGGCAGGAAUCUGCACGGGACCACGGGGAUGCUCUUCUAAGUUUUAAAUACCCUCCCACUGUUUACAUUUCGGACAUUGCUGGACGCGUUGCCAGACACGUGAACAAUAGAACACAGCAGAGAUUCUUCCAACCCAAUGAUGGAAGGAUAUGUGCACAAACAGACGCCAACAUAACACUUGCAGCUGAAGGAAAACUAACGGUCAAUCUUGAGUGGAUGAAAAACUUCAGAAGUAAUCCAAGACUUGCAGCAAAACCCAGAGAAAUGGACAACUUCUCAUGUCCACACCCUGAGACCAGCACAUCAGACCGGUAUUCGUUAUAUGAUAGAUUUCAUCAAAAAAACCAGAAGCGCCCUGAAGAGAGACUCCGGAGCUUGAAACUUGUCCCAGACCUGGCUUCACUGAUUAAUUCUGCAGCAGCAGAACAAAUCAACCGAGAGCUUUCCUCAAGCCGCUAUUCACUCUGCCAAAUGAAGGACAACCACUUCAUGUUUUCACUGCGUCUAUAUUUUCACCUGCAUAAUGAGAAACUCAAUCGCUCCUUCAUGAAGGACAUAGAAAAACAGAACACAUCAGAGGCCAUACGCAUCGGCUUAAAUGGAAAACUGUUAUGUGGCAGAACAGAAACACACACAAGAAAAACUGACCAAGAGUCCAGAAGUCCUCAGGGCCCAGCAAUAGGAGAUAGUUCUACUGUAGAUCGUUACCAGUUUUCAGUGUCAAUGUUUCCAAUUAAUGAAAAAAAUAAGGUAACAAGUGUUCUGGUUUCCACAGAUGAAGAGUAA